AUGCCAUUAUUGGAGCGCGGGGCCGUGGGCGAAGGAGCCUCGAGGAAGCUGUGGGCAGGGGGGCUGGGGUCGUGCGUGAGAGGGUGGGAAGAGGGAAAUAUUCCUGCUCUCCUGUACCGUUUGUUCUCUCUUACUCUCCGUAUCAAGGACUCUCUGUCAAAGCUGUUCGCCCGCUGCGGGCACGUCCAGUCUGUGGACAUCUGUGAGAAGCCAGGGCCAGGAGAGAAAAAAGAAAAACUCGCGUCCAAAUUCUUCAACCGUAAAACCGUGACGGGAUUUCAAGUAGCAUACGUGGUGUUCAGGAAACCAGCUGGUGUCCAGGCAGCCAAGGCCCUGUCACGGGAAGGUCCCUUGCUGAUAUCAACAGAGAGUCAUCCUGUGAAAACUGGCAUUAGCAAGUGGAUUGCCAACUAUGCAGCCUCAGUUGUGGAUCAGGAGGAGCUGAAGGCCGAGGUGGACACCUACAUGCAACAGUAUGACAAAAAGAUAGCAGAGGAAGAAGCCAAAGCGGCCAAGGAGGAGGGAGUUCCGGAUGAGGAGGGCUGGGUGAAGGUAACGCGGAAGGGACGGAAGCCUGGCCUGCCCCGGACAGAGGCUGCCAACCUGCGAGUACUGGAGAGGGAAAAGCAGAAGAGGGCCCGCAAAGAGCUGCUCAACUUCUAUGCCUGGCAGCAUCGUGAGACCAAGAGAGAGCACAUCGCCCAGUUGAGGAAGAAAUUUGAGGAGGACAAGCAGAGAAUUGCGCUGAUGCGAGCCCAGCGCAAGUUUCGGCCGUACUAAGGUGUGCUGAGCUAUUCCUCAGAUGUCUGCGGACUCCAUGUGCCAAAGGAUUUCAAGGAACUGAGGUGACUUCAGGUUGCCUCUGCCUUUGGAUCUGAAGUUGGAGAUCCCAGCAACCACCGCUGGAGGGGGAGUUUCCUUCACUCGCACCGGUAUCCUCCUGCUCUCCUGGCCAUUGUCCAGCCCUGUGGCACCACUUCCGAGGGUGCUCAGGUCAAAGGGCUGAGGCACUUCCUGUGACAACCUGUAUCUCCUGGCCAUCCAAGGCACUUUGAAAGCUUGGUGAGAGCUGGGAUUGACCUACCACAGCCUCUGCAGGGACAGGGAAUGGCUGAAGAACUGUAAAUAAACUACUGCUAUGUUCUCAGAA